AUGAAGGAGGGGAAGAAUGGCACCUUCUACCCGCCCUUCCCGGUCUUGGGCAUGGCCUCGGACGGCAGCGUCUUCGUGUCCUGCGGCGGGGGCGGGGAGAAGGCCGCCAAGGAGGUGCCCAACGUGGUGCAGGCGCAUCGAUAUGACGAGCAGACCGGCCAGAUGAGCACCAUUGCAUCGCUGGACACUGGCAAGAGCGUAGUGGUGGCGCUCACCUUCGCGGGGGGCGCCUUGUGGCUCGGCAGCUCAGGCGCUGGCUGCAAGGUGCUCACGCUCUCGGUUGAGAAGAACACCAUCAUGCAGCUCUGCGAGUGGACAUCCGAGGUUGAGGGGAAGGGGCCCAGCCAGAACAUCUCCAGGCUCUCGCCCUCCGGCGAGAUUGUGGCCUGCGGGGGCACGGACGGCGUAGUGCGCAUGUACGAGGCGGGGAAGUUGGACUGCGAGCCACCGCUGAAGCACAAGUGCGCGAAGAAUGACGAAGUGUUGGACCUAGACUUCUCUCCGGACAGCAAAGUCCUGGCCUCCUGCGAUCGAACUGGCUGCGCCCGGCUCUGGGACCCCGCGACGGGCGAGCAGACCAAGUGCAUUGACUUCAAGCAUGCUGGCACGUCAGUUGCCAUCCGCAUGUUGCGAUAUUUGCCUCCGCAGGAGGGCCAGCAGCAGUUCAUCGCAGCGAUGUCGGCCCCCCGCGGGCCAGCCUGCCUGGCUCUCUACAAUGGCGAUGGCUCGGUGGUGAAACAAGCGAAGCUGGACGAGAAGCCCUUGACGGCCAUCGCCUUGGACACCUCCGCCCAGAUGGUGGCGGUGAACUUUGUCACCGGAGGCAAGCGGGUCUACUCGGUGCCAGCUCUGCGAUGUCUCAAGAAGAUCGAGAAUGUCCACGACCUCCCGGCGCCCUGCGCCGCCUUCGUGGGCUGCACCGCAGUCUCGGGCUCCGGGGACCGAUCCAUCCACCUGCUCUCUUGCAAGAAGGGCAGCUCUGCGGGUGGCUUUACCUGCGGCAGCUGCCUGUAUUUGCUUUUGCUUGUGCUGGUCAUGGCAAUCGUCGCCUUCCUCCUCAUGCGCAUAGGCAUGAAAGGAGCGAUCUUGUCCGAGGGCGAGCUGUGA